CCGAACCAACUGAGUUUCUUUUCCACACCAACUCUUCUUCUCUUCCUUUACUUCGUCUUCUCUCACUCUCCGGUCUUCCCUCCAGUUCUCCGGUUAGCCAUGGCUUCCCUCAACGAUCUCGUCAACCUCAAUCUCUCCGACACCACCGAGAAGAUCAUCGCCGAGUACAUCUGGGUUGGUGGAUCUGGUAUGGACCUGAGGAGCAAAGCCAGGACUCUGCCCAAGCCAGUGACCAAACCGUCUGAGCUACCAAAGUGGAACUACGACGGCAGCUCCACCAACCAAGCUCCCGGCGAUGACAGCGAAGUCAUCCUCUAUCCACAAGCAAUCUUCAAGGAUCCCUUCAGAAAGGGAAACAACAUCCUGGUCAUGUGCGAUACCUAUACCCCAGCCGGCGAGCCAAUUCCAACAAACAAGAGGGCCGCUGCUGCCAAGAUCUUCAGCCACCCCGACGUUGAAGCCGAGGUCCCAUGGUACGGGAUCGAGCAAGAGUACACCCUUCUGACCAGGAGCAAAUGGCCUCUUGGCUGGCCGAAAGACGGGUACCCUGGACCCCAGGGGCCUUACUACUGUGGAAUUGGAGCUGACAAGGCAUUCGGAAGGGACAUCGUUGACUCUCACUACAAGGCUUGCUUGUACGCCGGGAUCAACAUCAGUGGGAUCAACGGCGAGGUCAUGCCCGGGCAGUGGGAGUUCCAGGUUGGACCUUCUGUUGGCAUUUCUGCUGGUGAUGAGGUGUGGGUUGCUCGUUACAUCCUCGAGAGGAUUACUGAAGUCGCUGGAGUAGUUGUCAGCUUUGACCCUAAACCAAUUCCUGGUGACUGGAACGGUGCUGGUGCUCACACUAACUACAGCACCAAGUCGAUGAGGGAAGACGGUGGGAUUGAUGUGAUCAAGGCGGCGAUCAAGAAGUUGGAAGCCCGCCACAGCGAGCACAUCGCUGCUUAUGGCGAGGGUAACGAGAGACGAUUGACUGGCCACCAUGAGACCGCCAACAUCAACAAAUUCACCUGGGGUGUGGCUAACAGGGGAGCUUCCGUUCGUAUUGGCCGCGACACCGAGAAGGAUGGAAAGGGUUACUUCGAGGACAGAAGGCCGGCCUCCAACAUGGAUCCCUACGUCGUCACAUCCAUGAUCGCCGAGACCACCAUUCUGUUGGACCUUUGAAAAUAACACUGAUGAACUUAAGGAGAAGAGGAAGAGCAGAAAGGGCAUGUUUACAUUUGGUAUAUUUGUUUCUAAAAUAGACGCAUGAAAAACAAACUGCUCUCUGCUACUGAUAUUUGCUCCUUUGCUGCUCAUUCCUCUAUGUUGUACGAUGAUUGUUCUCUAUGGUUGGUUGAUCAUUUUCUGAUUUCGAGUCGGGUCGGGUGGUCAGUUUUAGUAUCCUGGUUUGGUUUCGUCAGCUGGAUUGUUUUCGAGUUGAGUUGUUCUGUUCUGCUUUUCAACAAGCAACCUUUGUCUAUUUCUCCAAUAAUAAGAAUCAGCUUGUUUUUCGUUCCUAAACACCUCCAUUGUCGACGUCAUAUUAUUCGUGAAAUGAAUCAACCAUAACCUCGCCCCACGUGUCCCUCUCCUUCCUCUAUAUAUGCGUCUGUCUCCUCCCAACCCAUCUCUAUUUCCGACACUUUAGUUUUUACAAUGGCUGGCCGUCGGCAUUUCUGUUUACAGUACAUACGGCAAUUAGUUUGCUCAUUUGCAGAAGAUGAUGCAACGACGUCAUGGGCAGAAGUUUUGGAAAUUGGAACAUCAAGUGAGAGGAUAGUAGAGAAGUGGCUUGUUUUUUGGGGAAUGACAUAAACCAUUACCUAAGAUCCUCCGAAUUUCACUAAAGUGAAGUGAAGUUACCCAACAAAAUCGAAAGGUGCAACCGAUUUUGUUCAACGCAGGUUUUCUCUCCAGAAAAUAACAUAUCAGUUGGUAGUCCGUGGAACUGGCCUAUAAACUAUACUAUGAAAGAACGACUCAACUAAAAGAUGACACUUCCGAAGUAGAGGUCCUCCAAUCGAGUCCACUAGCAUUCAUUGACUAAGUUGAUGGAUUACAACUUUGACAUAGCCUUCGAAGAUAAUUCAAGAGUGAUAUUGCAAAUGAUAAGGCAUCCCUAACUGCUAGUAAUUCUGCGAGAUAAGGGUGAGAGAUACCCUGAUGUCGAACUAACAUGGCCAUGAGCACAUGCCAGAGGGGCAUGGUAGACACCGAGGGGAUCGGGUUAGAGGGGCAUGGAGUGAUAGGAAUAUAUAAUUACUUAAUUG